AUGGCAAUUAAUUUGCGCCGGAGUCAAAGGAUUCCGGCACAGUGUCGGGGCAGCGGACCUCCAUUUUGUGCCUCCAUAUUCACUUUCAGAUUCUUUGCGCUAUCUCUUACGGUCGCCGUUUCAGUUCUCUUCGUUUUCUCGUUUCUCUUCAUUACCCCAUUAUUCCCCUCAGAUAGUUUUGGUUUUUCUAAUUAUCAAAAUGGAGUUAAGACGGAGUCAAAUCGGAGAUCAGUUUUGGCACUCAAUACAUUAAAGCAAAGGCUUGAUCAGAUCCGAAAGCAAGCAGGAGAUCACAGAAGCUUAGCCAUAACUUAUGCUUCCUAUGCUCGGAAGCUCAAGCUCGAUAACACAAAGCUCGUAAGAAUUUUUGCAGAUCUCUCUCGAAAUUACACUAAUCUAAUGUCUCAUCCUUCCUAUCGCACUUUAUUUGAUGCUGAUGCAAAUUCAAUUGAUGAGUCAGCGUUGAGAAAGUUUGAGAAGGAGGUAAAAGAGCGAAUUAAACUAACAAGGCAAGUUGUUGCCGAGGCAAAAGAGUCAUUCGACAAUCAGCUGAAAAUUCAUAAGCUCAAAGAUACCAUCUUUGCGUUAAAUGAGCAAUUGACUAAAUCAAAAAAGCAGGGCGCUUUCUCAAGCUUGAUUGCAGCCAAAUCAAUCCCCAAGAGCUUGCAUUGCUUGUCUCUGAGGCUAAUGGAAGAGCGCAUUGCUCAUCCAGAAAAAUACACAGAUGAAGGGAAGCCCGCCAAGCCUGAAUUAGAGGACCCAAAGCUUUAUCAUUAUGCUAUUUUCUCAGAUAAUGUGGUUGCUGCUUCAGUCGUGGUGAAUUCAGCAGUUAAAAACACAAAAGAACCAUGGAAGCAUGUGUUUCAUGUAGUGACUGAUAAGAUGAAUCUCGGGGCAAUGCAGGUCAUGUUCAAGAUGAGGGAUUAUAAUGGGGCUCAUAUUGAAGUAAAGGCCGUGGAGGAUUAUAAAUUCUUGAACUCUUCUUAUGUUCCGGUUCUGAAACAGCUCGAGUCUGCCAACCUACAGAAGUUUUAUUUUGAAACUAAGCUUGAGAAAGCUACCAAGGAUACGACAAAUAUGAAGUUCAGGAACCCAAAAUAUUUAUCAAUUUUAAAUCAUCUCAGGUUCUAUUUGCCGGAAAUGUAUCCAACAUUGCAUAAGAUUUUGUUCUUGGAUGACGAUAUAGUAGUUCAAAAGGAUUUGACUGGGCUUUGGAAGAUAGAUAUGGAUGGGAAGGUCAAUGGGGCUGUGGAGACGUGUUUUGGAUCAUUUCAUCGAUAUGCACAAUACAUGAAUUUCUCUCACCCUCUGAUCAAAGCCAAGUUCAGUCCCAAGGCAUGCGCGUGGGCUUAUGGUAUGAAUUUUUUCGAUUUGGAUGCUUGGAGGAGGGAGAAAUGCACUGAAGAGUACCAUUACUGGCAGAAUCUUAAUGAGAACCGAACUUUGUGGAAAUUAGGGACAUUGCCUCCAGGUCUGAUCACAUAUUACUCGACAACGAAGCCACUUGACAAGUCUUGGCAUGUUUUGGGGCUAGGCUAUAAUCCAAGUAUAAGCAUGGAUGAGAUUAACAAUGCUGCAGUCAUACACUAUAAUGGAAAUAUGAAGCCGUGGCUUGAUAUUGCAAUUACCCAGUUCCGUCCACUUUGGACAAGGUAUGUCGACUAUGAAAAUGAGUUUGUGCAAGCCUGCAAUUUUGGUCUAUGA